CCGCGUGUCGCGCGCAUCAGGCUCAGUUUGACCUCAUGAGCAAGGCCUUCGUGCUGCCGAGAAAGAGACGACUCCAGAACGAUCAAUCGAGCCGAUCGAUCAAACUGAUGAAUACAGCGGAUAGAGUGAACUUCUCGAAGAUCGCGUAUCGCAUAACAAGUGUCUUUGUUGUGUGAGAGCCCGUCUGCAUUCGACUGAAGGUCUACCGGAUACGUGGCACCACAUAGUGGAGCACACUAUCGCAGCGUGGUGGCACGAGAAAUAAAUAUAUAAAAUCGUAUAUAUCCAGACUCCACGCAAGUGGAAGUAGAUACAACAAAAAAAUACGCGGUACCAUACCGCGUCUGCCUCGUCCCUUUUACUAGUGCACUCUUCAUCCGGUUGGAACCCGCGUGGUUUUAAGUGACGAGUCAAAUGUCCAGCGAUAUGAAGGACUCCACGCAACUGACCGCUCUGAGCGAUCACCGUCAGCACCAUCAUCGGCAUCAUUAUCAUCAUCAGCAUCAGCAGGACAAGACGCUCGUGAACGAAGACGAGUGCAGCAUCGACAGCGGCUGCAGCAGCGACGACAGUACCGGAAGCUGCGAGCGACCGUCGCGUCGCAGUAGCAGCGAGUGUCUCUGCAGAUCCAGCAGAUCUUCACGACGGUACUCCUACCUGGAGCAGCUGCGAGGACGGUCGACGCGUUCACAGGAACGUUUCAGCAGCAGCGUGCAGAGAUCAUUGGAGCGCACCUGGAGCCCCGCCGAGGACGUCAGGAAUCUAUCUCGCGGUAGUGUCUCGCCCUCUUCCUACUCGUCGAGCCCCUCGGACGCGUACAGCAGCGACAGCGACUCCUUCAAGCGAUUCUCCACCACGGAGACCUUGCGCCGCGCGUUCCAGAGUCUGAAGAUCGCCUCAGCCAAGUCGGAGAAUAACAAGGAGAAGAAACACGCGAAGAAGAGCCCGAAGAAGAUCCUGCGCAGCCCCGUGCUAUACAUGUACGUCCGAGGACCGUCAGGCCUGCCGACUCAGAGGGUACCACGAAGCUCUGGUCUUCAGCAGCAGACGAUACACCUGCCUUACUCCUGCCAGGAUCUGAUCGGACUCUACCAAUAGAUCAAGGCUAACAGCGUAACUGCCUAACAUGCUAUCGAAUAGGACCAAGACAUUCUGCCAAGGAAGACCCGCGCUUAAGAAUGAACACGCGCGCGCAAUUGAUCGAGGCAUCGCGCGAUCGUAUUGCGAAAAUAUAUCUUCUCGUUUCUACUCUUCUCCUCGAAUCCGUCAAUAAAUAUCGUCGCUAUUUCUUCCGGAUUCUUUUCGUGGGUUUCCACCUCGAUUUCUUCAUUUGCCGCUCGUUCGUUCAGCCACAUCAGAUCGAUUUAUUAAUAUGAGUCAAGCAGGCGGUUCAACGUGCUUAAAGUACGUUCGAAGUUGGCUUCUUCUCUGCAGUAGUACGAGUCAAGCAUAACAGCGGCUCGGCUGAGUAGAUUAGUUGAAGCGUUGGUCAUUUUUGGAAGCGAAAGAGAGGAGAAGAUAUAGAGCUUGUGAGAAGCGAUAUUAAGUAUGUGCAAUGAUUGUAUUAGGUGCACGAUAUCUUCGAUACAUAGAUUACAUGAAUUACACGCAAGAUAAUUUCUAACAUCUUUGCAACAUCUUUUUACCGAAAAUUCCUCUGUAUCGUCGUAGAGUAUUUAACGCUUAAAAUACUUCUUGUACAUAUAUGCGUACGAAUAAUUGCAAUCGCAAUUGAAUAAUUAGAUACACAUACACACACAUUUCCUUCGGAUCUAACUAAUGUUCUUCAUUAAUAAUAUAGGGAGUGUAUAUAUAUAAAAUUUAUAUAGUCGUUCAUCGGUACAUCUAUGUAGAAUUUUAUUAAUCACGCAUUAUUAUCUUUAUUGUAACUUCCAGUAGUCUGAAAAUUGCUCUAAUUGUAAGAUAAAUAACAUAUUUAUUGAAAAACAAGAAGUUACAAUAUAAUAAUAACGAUAAUAGUAAUAAUAGAAUAGUCAUGUAGCAACAACAGCGAUAGUAAUAAUAAGAAAUAACAAUAAUAUCGAGAAAAGAUAUCAAACUAUUUAAUACGCGAGCAGAAGUGACUCUCAGGUGAAUUCUAUAAAGAAAACGGGUCCUAUAAAAAUUUUAUUUGGUAUUGAGAUAAGAAUGAUAUAUGAAUCUGAAGGGUGAAUGAUUAACGAUUAUUCCUCGUUUGUACUUCCCAUUUGUUCAUUCAUCAUCGUCGAUCGCGAUGAUGGCACACUCAUACAUUUAUCGGUCUCCGCGGUCCAUUAGUCACGCAAAGUCAAUUAUAUCUCCCUCUCGGCACGUGUAGAUCAUAGAUUUCUAGUACCAAGAGGUUUCGAGCAAAUUCAUAAAUAUACAGAUAAAAAAAUCGAAUAACAUUAAAAGGACAGAUUUCUUACAAAAUUUUUAUACAUAAUAAGCUCUUAUUCUUUUUAAUAUAAAAAUUGUUUGUCUUAAUCUUUUAAAAAGCAUCAUUAUGCUUUUGUUAAUUAUGCAUAAAGUUUUAUCAAAUUUGGUUUGAAAUGAAAUAUGUUUAUUUAACGGGAAAACGCUACUUAAAAUAUUGAAGUGGCGAAAUGGUUAUAUUAAUGUGUAAUAUAUUAAUGUGUAAUAUAUUAAUGUGUAAUAUAUUAAUAUUGCAAUUCCGAUACCUUUCCAAAUUUGAAAUAAGAAAACUGGCUUUUACAUCUCGUAUCAUAGUUAUGUAUUAUUCUGUACGGAAAAAGUAAUUUUCUCAUAAAGAUGUUAUUUAUGUCUGUAAUCUUAACGGGAGCGUUUUCACUUCGCACGUGCCGAAAAGAAAUCGCUCAUUUACAUAGCAUUAAAGAACAAGAAUCAGUAUUACCUACGUAAAGAAUACAUUAUAAUGUACAUUAUAAGAGUUAAGAUCAGCUAAUUUUACGAGCAUAUCACUUUUCCUUUAUUAUUACAUUUUGUUCUUCAGGUAUUCGACUUUAGAUAAGUUCUGAAUAUUAUUACUGAAUAUUAACGAAUGAAAGUGGUUUCGAGAAAGGAUCGGCAGAAAUAAUCUGUGCAUCCAAAUUUAAUAACCCAAAAAGAACCAUUGGCUAUAUUUAGAAUAAUUUUAAUUUAUAUUAUAGAAUAAUUGUAUAUACUUAAUUUUCUCUUAGAUACACUAUAUUUAUAUUUAUACCAAAUUUAUUAGUUUUGAAUAUAAUUCAUAAUCCAGCUAAAAAUAGCUGAAGAUGAUUACUGCCUUAUCUUAAAUUUUAUAAAUAAAAAAUUGAUCUCAAAGAUACAAUGUAGACAAGCGGCUUGUUAAUAUCUCCUAUAUCACUAUUAUUUUUUUCUGUGGUAAUCGUUACAUGUGUGGGGAAGGACUAGCAGAUUAAUUAGCUGACUCACGUAACCGAUUCACAUGUAAUUUUUAUUGUUUAUCGUAAAUUAAACAUAUGACGAGUGUGCUGAGACAAUUCUCCAUAACCAGUGAAGAUUGACUGAUCUAAAAAAAAAAGAAAAAAAGGAAAGCAAAAGAGAAUAAUUACACAGAAACAAAAGAAGUAAUACAAUUUGCGAAAAAACGGCGAAAAAGUGAUGGCGAAAUGCGCGGGAGUUUUCGUCAUGAUCCAGAUAGCACGCGCAUGUCAUUUGAGAUUAAUUUGAACAUUAGUCACAUAUGAAAUAUUAGUCAUGUUCAUAUAAGUGACAAAUAUUUGACGUCAAAUUGAUUUCAAAUAACAUGCGCUUGUUACCUGGGAAGGAACAUCUGUGCAAUUCAUCUCUAGUGCCUUAUAGAUAUUCCUUAGCGUGACUACAUGAUUAGAUGUUAUCAAUCGGCGAAAAUGUGAGGAAAGAUCAGAAGAACAAAACCGCUAAGUCGUAUGUUAUGUGUAUAUAUAAAUGCGAUGUAAUCGCAGGAUAAUGAAUUGCGCGAUAAUAUAAUGUAACCAAAAAUAGGAUGAAGAUCAAUUACUCAGGACUAAAUGUAUUGUAUCAUCAUUUUAUCUAUGUCAAUAUAAUUUGCGUUUCAAAUAAACGUUUUUCAUUCUAAAA